AUGGCUGACAUACUUGGUGGCGAUAGAUCGAUCAAAUAUUGCUAUAUUACCAGUUUUUACCACGAAACCGUUUUGACCAGCUCGGACUUACCAUACAAGACAGCAGCCGCGAAUCGAUUCUUAGAUAUCUUGCACAAAGGCGACGUUACCCCCGCUCACAAAACUGCUAUCUUACGACAUGCAAUUAAUCCAAUGCUUCUACUCGCGUUUACCCGAGGUAAGAAAGAAGCAUCGAUUGUAGACGCCGAGUAUAUCACCAAGGUCCAUCGCGUCAUCUGGAAUCAUAUUGAAAUGCUGCAAAUGGCUAACUCGAUUCUUGAAUAUCGACAUCAUCUGGUGGGCGAACAACGACAAGAAGUUAUCAAGUUUGGAUGGCAAUUUUUGAGUGGCAAAGAUGUGAGUGGCAAAGAUGACCAGAUGGUGACCAACGCUGCUUACAUCUUGAUUGCUAGGUUUUUCGACGCUUUUGACUCUCCCAUGAAGAUUGUCAGUCAAAUCUUGCUUGGUUUACUCAAACUUCAAACCGGUGAAGCCAAGCAUUUAGUUUGCAAAGCAUUGGAUAUCCUCUUGCCGGCUCUCCCAAGACGGUAUAAGGAUAACCCUACUGAAUGGCCUGAACCGUUUUACAAUGAUCGAGACAUGUUUGUGCCUGCUGCAAUGCAAAGGAUGGCAGUCAGUGGUUCUGCCAAUGUAGAAACACAUGCAUUAGUGGUCGAUAUGGUCGAGGUGAUCAUACAAUGGGUACAACAACGAGCUGAAGCGUUAUUGGUCAAAGAUGAAGACACUCGUAUGGCCGAUCCGACUUCGAUAUCGAAAGCUGCAACCACUCCGGCUCUGCGGCCCCAUUCAUAG